GGGGCGGGGGGGGCACAGCGGUUCAGGGCCGGGAGAUGGUGGACUUUGAAAGCUAAUGGGGAGAAAGGCGAGAGAGCGGGGCUCUGGGCGCUGGCGGGGUGUGGGGAACGUGGUCUCUCCUCUCCGGCUGCUCCUGGAGGAGAGUCUCUCUGGCUGUCCCCGGGACUCUCCGCCCCGCUCUCUUGGGGUCCACCUCUGACGCAAGCUCCUGCCUCCCCCCCGCCCGGCUCUAGCGUCUCUCCCCCCGCCACCCCCUCUCCGCCGACAUCUCCCUUAAAUAGCGGGGAGCUGCGGCCAGGAGGGAGCUGGGAGCCAAGCAGCCGCUUCGUCCUGCCGGCCAUGGUGCCUUCCGUGGCGCUGCUCUGCCUUCUCGGAGCCGCUGCUCUGGCAGGUGUUGGCUUGGCAUCAUCAGUGGGAGAAGAUGUUCAUGUCGAAGAAAUGGUAACACGAUGCAUUGUAGAAGCCCUUUUGAAUGGUCUAUCUAAACCCAAUGCUCCACCUAUUAAUCCCAUGUGCAAGGAGCUUCUGCAGAAAAGCGACCGACAAAAGCAAGAAGAGAAAAAUGUAGGCAAGGACAUCGAACUCAACACAAAGCACUUGUCAGAAUCAGAGGAGAAACCACCAGUAAGGACUGUGGGAAAAGAACAAUAUCUGAAUGAAGAAGAAUUUAAAAGACAAGCAGAAGAAGGUGAGAAGCGGCAUUCAGAGGAAGGAAAACAUGGAGAAAUUGGCAACCAGCAAGUCCUCUCCCAAGGAAAUCCUUAUUCUUAUGAUGAAGCCCAUAAAGAGGAAAAAAAGAAUGAGGAAGAGAAAAGAAAUGAGCAGGAUAAUAACUAUGAAAAAAAUUAUCACAAUGAAGAAGGAAGCAAAGCAGAGAAACAUGCUGAAGAGGCAGAGCAUGAGCUUCUAGACAAAAAGUCCCCUUUUCCAACAGGAAGGGAAGAUGAGGGUGACAGCAAACACUCUGGGGGUCAAAGACACUCUGAGGAAAGUGUACAUAAUGAAGAAAAGAGGAACCGAGAAAGCAAAGAGGAAGAAGGUGAGGAAGAGCAGGAAGAAGAGGAGAGCAGUGAAAAAUAUCACCAUACUGUACUACAAGAAUAUGAAGACCCUUCUGGGAGGGGAAAAGCUGGUGCAGAAAAACGAGGGAGCAACCCAAAACAUUACCACAGGAAACCCCAGCUGGCCAACUCCUUUGAAUACAAGCAGCAUUAUAAUGGUGAGAAGAGGGACUCACCUGAAGAGUCUAAUGAGGAAGAAAGUGACUUCUGGGAUAAAAGGAGCUACUAUCCCAAACAUCAUUAUGAGACGAGACAUCAUUAUGAGGAGAAGAGAAACUCUGAUGAGAUGCACAGCUCUGAGGAAAUGGAGGAAAAGAGCAAUAGUAAAGAGUACAGAUGGUAUCACAGCAAAGAAGACGAUGAAGAGGAAGAUGUGAGGCUCCACAGCAAGGAAAAUGAAGAUAAACAGCACCGCUACGAGAGAAAAAGAUUCCACAAUGAGCCACACAAGGAAAUGAGACACCAUUAUGAGGAGAGGAGGACUCAUGGCAAGACAAGUGAUGAAGAGAUGGGAAAGCAACAUGGCAGGAGGGAUGAAAAAAGGAAUUGGAAUGACAAAGAACGACAACACUUACAGCUAGAGGGGGAGACCACAAAGCCACAGAUCAGAGGGAGGGAGGAAGAGGAGGAGGAGGAGCAGAGACUCUACAGUGCAGAAGAGGGGCCCGGGGGAGAAAAAAGGCACUAUCCUGGUGCCAGUGAGGAGGAGCUUGAAAAGAGAUAUCAAAGUGAGGGGGGGAAACAUGGUGGCAGUAAAAGGACACUUCUGAUAGAAGAGGGCUAUCCAAGAAAUCACUAUCUUGUAGAAAAUGUGAAAAGAGCUGCCACUUCAUUCAUCCCUUACUACCAACAGCUCAGGUGGAGGAACAGACACACUGAAAAGAAGGAUGACAUCACAGAUCAGUUCUGGGGGAGUGAAGAAGAACCCAGGUCCCGCCUGAAUGAGAGAGAUUUAUUUUCAGAGUAUAACAACUAUGACUCACGGGAGAAGAAGCCGUUUAGGGAUGGCCUGAAUCACAAGCAUAAGAGGGACAAUAAUCUUGAAAGCACCUACAAAUUUGACGUGAAAAGGCAGUAUAACAGGAUGGAUGAACUUGCUCACCUUCUGAACUACCGGAAGAAAUCUGCUGAAUUUCCAGAAUUAUACACCCCCAAGGAAGAUGUGAAAAGGGGGCACAUCAUAAGGAGCGGCGAGGGCAAACUGAGUCAGAGACCUCUGACACCAGAGGAGGAGAAAGAACUGGAAAAUCUUGCUGCCAUGGAUUUGGAACUGCAGAAGAUUGCUGAGAAAUUCAACAAUAACUGGAGGGGAUGAAUGUUGCCCGACAUCAUGGGGGUAUGGUAAAUGUAGCUUUAUUUACAGUAAUCUGUAUUUAUUGUUAACAUCACUGACCACAAGUGUUGCUUUCCUUCCUUUCUUCAUCAGAAAUACAGUUUACUGUCCACUAAAUAUAUGAGUUACACAGCUGCAAGCAUCUUUCUGUUUCAAAUAUGCUAGGAAGAUCAGAUCAGCAUGAAUUCUAGCAUAUAAACAUAUGUGCAAGGCAGAGAUUUUAGAGUACAUGUGAAAAUAAUUGUGUUUGUGUUCUUCAGAAAUAUGUCUUAGUUUGGAAUAAUAAAACAUGAUUACAUUAUCCACCCAA